UUUGUCCUUCAUGAGCUCCUGCUGCAGUUGAUCAUCUUGAGUCUCCCUGCUGAUUCUGUCAGCUCAGGAGUCGGAGGCGAUCCACGCAGGAGAUCGUCCAGGGAAUCUGAUCUUCACUAGCACAGGUUUUGAAUCAGGGUCAACCAGCAAAAUGGCCACUGGAUUCUACAACAUCCAGGAACUUGCUCCCGACCCGAGGAUUGUGUCGGGAUCUAGAUACCGAGGCUAUCUGUACUAUGUAGCGCAAGCCGCCCUCUGGACCUUCCAGGCGUAUUUUGUGCUCCGUCUGGUGUUGAUCCUGACCUCCCCCGUGCGAACAUGGCAGAUGUGGGUGACUCUGGCCGUCGAGGGCAUCUUCGCUCUGUUGUCCCGGCAAGACCAGCUACUGACUGUAGCCUCCGGCCGGGCGCCGUCCAACUCGCCCCGGAAGCGGCUGCGCUUGCAAGGCGACGAGGAUCUGCCUGUCGUCGAAGUGUUGCUUCCCUGCUGUGGCGAGCCAAUCGAGGUCAUCUUGGACACGAUCCGCGCCGCGUGCACGCUUGACUAUCCCGUGUCUCAGUUCCGAGUGCGCGUGCUAGACGACGGCGGCUCUGCGGCUCUGUGUGAGGCCGUCUCCCAGCUCCAGGCGGAAUGGCCUCAUCUGUCGUACCACUCCCGGGGCCGACAGACCGGCCAGGUGUUCGCCAAGUCCGGGAACCUGAACUACGCGCUGUGGACGCUGCAGGAGAAGACCCAACCGGAGUUCUGCGCCAUCUUCGAUGCGGACUCCAUCGCAUCGCCUGAGUUCCUUCGGGCGACGCUGCCUCACUUGUUGGCCAACCCCGAGGCGGUGCUCGUCACCACGCGCCAGUACUUCUACAACCUGCCUGCGGGCGACCCCUUCUCGCAGUCCCGACUGCACUUCUACACCUGCCAGAACACGGAGCUGGACCUGCAGGGCCGCGCAAUCGACGCCGGCUCUGGGGCGUUGUUCCGGCGUCAGGCGAUUGUCGACGCGGGCGGGUAUCCCACUUACUCGUUCUCCGAAGACUGGCAGCUAUCGCUGGUGCUGCAGGGGCUGGGCCACGAGACGAUUCAGGUGCAGGAGCCGCUGCAGUUUGGCUUAGUGCCGACCUCGCUGGCGGGCCACAUCGCGCAGCAGAACCGGUGGCACAUCGGCCACACGCAGCAGAACCGCGUGCUCUUCCCCCCCACCAACACAACCAUGUCCAAGCGCAUGCAAUGGGGGAUUGUGUUGAAUGGAUGGGCGAUCACGGGACGGCUGGUCGCGCUCAUGGCGAUCUUCGUGGCCGUCCCGGCCCUGUUACUGUCCACAAAGCCAUUGAUCCCGUGCAACCACGUCAAGCUCCAGGUUGUAACUGCCAUGGUCCACGUCGCCCUCAGCUGGGCUUUUGCCUGUCUGCAAUCCGCGCACACGGAUUUCCAAAGUGCGCCAUUCGCCCAUCUGGAGAACACUUGGCUAGCAGGAGCACACCUUCUGGCCGUCCUCCGCUUCAACUUCAUUUCUGCCCGCCCGAAGAAAGGCUCGUUCGUGACCGGCAGCACGACCAACGCGUGGAAUCACAACAAUACCCCCUCCUGGCUGCAGCGACUGCAUCACAACCUGUGGCAGAACGGGAUCUGGUUCAGCGUGCUGCUGCUGUUCACGACCGUCGCGGCGUUCGGUCUCGCGGUGGUGCUGGCUGCACACGGGUCCAGACAGGUGUUCCUGACGAGUGUGGCUUUCCCGCCGAUGCUGCACAUCACGUACCUCGUGGUUCUGAGUCUCUGGGAGCCGGUGAUGCAUCUCGUGAGGCCGCCGGUGUUUCCAGACCGGAAGGCCGGGCUGGAGAUGACCAAGCGGGGCGUGAUGCAGCCGAGGGAAGAAGUGCGUGCGGCGUGUGUGCGGCAGCGCAAGUCGAUGCGGGGGCUUGUGUGGCAGUGCGGGGUUGUUGUUGCUGCGUUGGUUGGAGUGGGAGUUUUGCUUAAUAUGAAUGCAGAUGCUUAGGUGACUGCUUAGGAUGUUUAGGGAUCAUCUGGAUAAUACGUCUCGGGGUUACAGCAGAUUGCUGCAUGGGCUCUGUUUGUACAGU